GCUGGCGGCUAGAAACUUGGGGUCUCUUCAGACCCUUUCCCCUCCCCAAAGAGAGCAAGACUGGGGUUCGCCUCGGGGUUCCCCCUUACCUGAGCAGCCAGCCUGGGCAGGAAGCGGGCAGCCCGCGGCCUCCGGACGCCCCUCAGCCCCGGCACUCCGGCCUCCACUUCCGGUGCCCAGCCGGGCUGGGGGAUUCGGGCGGCCUGGACCCCCCGGGGGGACGCUUUGGGGGGGCCCCCAAAAAAGCUGUGCAUCCCAAUGGCGGCCUCCAGAGACCGACAUCGCGGGUCGGGGCCCGGGCGCUGCCGGCUCAGGCUCAAAGAUUUGGAAAGAGAUAGCUUAACAGAAAAGGAAUGUGUGAAGGAGAAAUUGAAUCUCUUGCACGAAUUUCUGCAAACAGAAAUAAAGAAUCAGUUAUGUGACUUGGAAACCAAAUUACAUAAAGAAGAAUUGUCAGAGGAGGGCUACCUGGCUAAAGUCAAAUCCCUUUUAAAUAAAGAUUUGUCUUUGGAGAAUGGAGCUCAUGCUUUCAGUCGGGAAGUGAACGGAUGUCUAGAAAAUGGGAGCCAUAUGAGUGGUGAAGAUCGCAGAGUGAGAAUGGAAGAGGCAAACAAGCCCUUCAGACCUGUGUCAAAGCCUCGCACGCCCAGAAGAAGCAAGUCAGACGGAGAGACUAACUCUGACGUUUCACCUAGCCCCAGGGUUACAAGGAAAACUACCAGGCAGACCACCAUCACAUCUCAUUUUGCAAGGGGCCCUGCCAAACGGAAACCUGAGGAAGAGCCUGAAAGAGCAAAAUUGGAGGAUUCUGUUGACGAAGAAGAAAAGGACCAGGAUGAAAAGAGACGCAGAGUUACAUCCAGAGAACCAGCUGCAGAACCUCUCCCAGCAGAAGAGCUGGAACGAGUAAAACCGGGCACUCAUGCUGAAAAGGAAGGAGGAGGAGAUGAAAAAGAAGAAAAGAGACUCAGAAAUCAAACCAAAGAACUAACUGCUCAACAAAAACCUAAGGAGGAGCCCGACAGGAUAGCCGAAGCAGGAAGUCAUGCUGAAAUGGAUAAAGAAGGAGAUGAGAAAGAUGAAAAGAGGCACGAAAGUCAACCCAAAGAUCUAGCUGCCAAACGGAGACCUGAAGAAAAUGAACCUGAAAGAGUAAAUACACAAAUUCCUGAUGAAAAGGAUGAGGAUGAAAAGGAGGAGAAGAGACGCAAAACCUCAUCCAAAGAACCAACUGAGAAAAAAACUGCUCGAACCAAAACAAUAGUAUCCUCCAAGACCCAGCCCCCCAAGUGUGUUCAGUGCGGCCAGUACCUGGACGACCCCGAUCUCAAGUACGCGCAACAUCCCCCCGACGCGGUGGACGAGCCACAGAUGCUGACAAAUGAGAAACUCUCCAUCUUUGAUGCCAAUGAAUCUGGCUUCGAGAGUUAUGAGGCCCUUCCCCAGCACAAACUGACGUGCUUCAGUGUGUACUGUAAGCACGGCCACCUGUGCCCCAUUGACACUGGCCUCAUCGAGAAGAACGUCGAACUCUCCUUUUCUGGUUCAGCAAAGCCAAUCUACGAUGAUGACCCGUCUCUUGAAGGAGGUGUUAAUGGCAAAAACCUUGGCCCCAUAAAUGAAUGGUGGAUCACUGGCUUCGAUGGAGGUGAAAAGGCCCUCAUUGGUUUCAGCACCUCAUUUGCCGAAUAUAUCCUGAUGGACCCCUGCCCCGAGUAUGCACCGAUAUUUGGGCUGAUGCAGGAGAAAAUCUACAUAAGUAAGAUAGUAGUUGAGUUUCUGCAGAACAAUCCUGACUCAACUUAUGAAGACCUGAUCAAUAAGAUAGAGACCACUGUUCCUCCUUCCGGACUCAACCUAAAUCGGUUCACGGAGGAUUCUCUCCUCCGACAUGCCCAGUUUGUGGUGGAGCAGGUCGAGAGUUACGAUGAAGCCGGGGACAGCGACGAGCAGCCCAUCUUCCUGACCCCCUGCAUGAGGGACCUGAUCAAGCUGGCUGGGGUCACCCUGGGGCAGAGGCGAGCCGAGAGACGACGGCAGACCAUCAGGCACUCCACCAGGGAGAAGGAUAAAGGGCCCACCAAAGCCACCACCACCAAGCUCGUCUACCAGAUCUUUGACACCUUCUUCGCCGAGCAGAUCGAAAAGGAUGACCGAGAAGACAAGGAGAAUGCCUUCAAGCGCCGGCGGUGUGGCGUCUGUGAGGUUUGUCAACAGCCUGAAUGUGGCAAGUGCAAAGCCUGUAAGGACAUGGUUAAGUUUGGUGGCAGUGGACGGAGCAAACAGGCUUGCCUGGAAAGGAGAUGCCCCAACAUGGCCAUGAAGGAGGCAGAUGACGACGAAGAAGUCGAUGACAACAUCCCAGAGAUGCCGUCACCCAAAAAAAUGCACCAGGGGAAGAAGAAGAAACAGAACAAGAACAGGAUCUCUUGGGUUGGAGAAGCCGUCAAGACUGAUGGGAAGAAGAGUUACUAUAAGAAGGUAUGCAUCGAUUCAGAAACCCUGGAAGUGGGGGACUGUGUCUCUGUUAUUCCAGAUGAUUCCUCAAAACCGCUGUAUUUGGCAAGAGUCACUGCACUGUGGGAGGACUGCAGCAACGGACAGAUGUUCCAUGCCCACUGGUUCUGUGCUGGGACAGACACAGUCCUCGGGGCCACGUCAGACCCUCUGGAGCUGUUCCUGGUGGACGAGUGUGAAGACAUGCAGCUUUCUUACAUUCACAGCAAAGUGACGGUGGUUUAUAAAGCUCCAUCGGACAACUGGGCCUUGGAGGGCGGCCUGGAUCCCGAGUCCAUGAUGGCUGGUGACGAUGGGAAAACCUAUUUCUACCAGUUGUGGUAUGAUCAAGACUAUGCACGCUUCGAGUCCCCUCCUAAGACUCAGCCGACGGAGGACAACAAGUACAAGUUCUGCGCCAGCUGUGCCCGUCUGGCUGAAAUGAGGCAAAAAGAAAUCCCCAGGGUCCUGGACCAGCUGGAGGACAUGGACAGCCGGGUCCUCUACAGCUCAGCCACCAAGAACGGUGUCCACUAUCGAGUGGGAGACGGUGUCUACCUCCCCCCUGAGGCCUUCACGUUCAACAUCAAGCUGUCCAGCCCCUUGAAGCGCCCGCGGAAGGAGGCUGUGGAUGAAGACCUGUACCCGGAGCACUACCGGAAAUACUCCGACUACAUCAAGGGCAGCAACCUGGACGCCCCUGAGCCGUUCCGGAUUGGCCGGAUCAAGGAGAUCUUCUGUCCUAAGAAGAGCAAUGGCAGGCCCAGCGAGACGGACGUCAAGAUCAGGGUCAACAAGUUCUACAGGCCAGAAAACACUCACAAGUCCACCCUGGCAAGCUACCACGCAGACAUCAACCUGCUCUACUGGAGCGAUGAGGAAGCUGUGGUGGACUUCAAGGCUGUGCAGGGCCGCUGCAGUGUGGAGUACGGGGAGGACCUGCCCGGCUGCGUCCAGGAUUACUCGAUGGGCGGCCCAGACCGCUUCUACUUCCUCGAGGCCUAUAAUGCAAAAAACAAAAGCUUCGAAGAUCCUCCAAACCACGCCCGUAGCCCUGGGAGCAAAGGCAAGGGGAAGGGAAAAGGGAAAGGCAAGACAAAGGCCCCGGCCUGCGAACUGAGUGAGCCGGAAGCGGAAAUAAAACUGCCUAAACUUCGCACCCUGGACGUGUUCUCCGGCUGUGGGGGACUGUCGGAAGGAUUUCACCAAGCAGGCAUCUCCGAAACGCUGUGGGCCAUUGAGAUGUGGGACCCCGCGGCCCAGGCCUUCCGGCUGAACAAUCCCGGCUCCACGGUGUUCACGGAGGAUUGCAACGUCCUGCUGAAGCUGGUCAUGGCUGGGGAGGAGACCAACUCCCGCGGCCAGCGGCUGCCCCAGAAGGGGGACGUGGAGAUGCUGUGUGGGGGGCCUCCCUGCCAGGGGUUCAGCGGCAUGAACCGCUUCAACUCUCGCACCUACUCCAAGUUCAAAAACUCCCUGGUGGUCUCCUUUCUCAGCUACUGUGACUACUACCGGCCCCGGUUCUUUCUCCUGGAGAACGUCAGGAACUUCGUCUCCUUCAAGCGCUCCAUGGUCCUGAAGCUCACGCUCCGGUGCCUGGUCCGCAUGGGCUAUCAGUGCACGUUUGGGGUGCUGCAGGCCGGCCAGUAUGGCGUGGCCCAGACCCGGAGGAGAGCCAUCAUCCUGGCCGCGGCCCCCGGGGAGACGCUCCCCCUGUUCCCAGAACCGCUGCACGUGUUUGCACCCCGGGCCUGCCAGCUGAGUGUCGUGGUGGACGACAAGAAGUUCGUCAGCAACAUCACCAGGUUGAGUUCAGGCCCGUUCCGAACCAUCACGGUGCGGGACACGAUGUCCGACCUCCCUGAGAUCCGGAACGGGGCUUCGGCGCUGGAGAUCUCCUACAAUGGGGAGCCCCAGUCCUGGUUCCAGAGGCAGCUCCGGGGCUCGCAGUACCAGCCCAUCCUCAGGGACCACAUCUGUAAGGACAUGAGUGCGCUGGUGGCCGCCCGCAUGCGCCACAUCCCCCUGGCCCCGGGCUCCGACUGGCGCGACCUGCCCAACAUUGAGGUGCGGCUCUCCGAUGGCACCAUGGCCCGUAAGCUGCGCUACACCCACCACGACAGGAAGAACGGGCGGAGCAGCGCCGGGGCCCUGCGCGGGGUCUGCUCCUGCGUGGAAGCGGGCAAGGCCUGUGACCCGGCGGCCAGACAGUUCAACACCCUCAUCCCCUGGUGCUUGCCCCACACUGGGAACAGGCACAACCACUGGGCCGGCCUCUACGGGCGGCUCGAAUGGGACGGCUUCUUCAGCACGACUGUCACCAACCCCGAGCCCAUGGGCAAGCAGGGCCGUGUGCUCCAUCCGGAGCAGCACCGAGUGGUGAGUGUGCGGGAGUGUGCCCGCUCCCAGGGCUUUCCGGACACCUACCGGCUGUUCGGCAACAUCCUGGACAAGCACCGGCAGGUCGGCAACGCCGUGCCACCGCCCCUGGCCAGAGCCAUCGGCUUGGAGAUCCGACUCUGUGUGUUGGCCAAAGCCAGAGAGAGUGUCCCAGCUAAAAUAAAGGAGGAGAAAGCAACUAAGGACUAACGUGGCUCUCCCGUCAUCCUUGUUUCUGGCACCAGGAAACCCCAACAUGCACUGACGUUGUAUUUUUAACAUGUCCCAAUCUGUUGGUUCAAAUGUGUUGUCCACGGUGUUUGUAGCCUUGACUGACAUGGAGCUGUUCUGUGAGAUUUGCUUAUCAGCUGAUUGCUUAGUGAUCAAACUGUGCAGUACUUUGUGCAUUCUGGAUUUUAAAAGUUUUGUAUUAUGCAUUAUAUCAAAUCUACCACUGUAUGAGUGGAAAUUAAGACUUUAUGUAGUUUUUAUAUGUUGUAAUAUUUCUUCAAAUAAAUCUCUCCUGUAAACCACC